UUUUAAUCGCUUUUUUGCUUGCCUGCGCGAUGACCCCCCCCCCGCUAGCGCCGCGUGGUGUGUUUUCUCCAUCUCCCUGCCUCGCCUGUGAUGUGGGCUAAUUAAAUAUUUUAUUGUUGUUCUUUAGGCACCGCAUCAGCCUGCUCAACCCUUUAAAUUUACAAUUUCCGAGUCCUGUGAUCGGAUUAAGGAAGAGUUUCAGUUUUUACAGGCUCAAUACCACAGCCUGAAGCUGGAAUGUGAGAAACUCGCCAGUGAGAAGACAGAGAUGCAGCGGCAUUAUGUUAUGUAUUACGAGAUGUCCUAUGGGUUGAAUAUAGAAAUGCACAAGCAGGCAGAGAUUGUCAAGAGGCUGAAUGCUAUCUGUGCACAAGUCAUUCCUUUCCUGUCCCAAGAGCACCAGCAACAAGUGGUGCAGGCUGUGGAACGGGCCAAGCAGGUGACCAUGGCAGAACUGAACGCCAUCAUUGGGCAGCAACAACUCCAGGCCCAGCAUUUAUCACAUGGACAUGGUCUGCCAGUGCCUCUGACCCCACACCCUUCGGGACUUCAGCCCCCUGCCAUUCCUCCCAUCGGUAGCAGUGCCGGCCUUCUGGCCCUCUCCAGCGCCCUGGGAGGCCAGUCCCAUCUUCCAAUUAAAGAUGAGAAGAAGCACCAUGACAAUGAUCACCAAAGAGACAGAGACUCCAUCAAGAGCUCUUCGGUCUCCCCGUCAGCCAGUUUCCGAGGAGCUGAGAAGCACAGAAACUCCACAGACUACUCCUCUGACAGCAAAAAGCAGAAAACCGAGGAAAAGGAGAUCGCAGCUCGUUAUGACAGCGAUGGUGAGAAGAGUGAUGACAACUUGGUGGUUGACGUUUCCAAUGAGGAUCCUUCUUCCCCUCGAGGGAGCCCAGCACAUUCCCCGAGAGAGAAUGGCCUGGACAAGACACGCCUGCUCAAGAAAGACGCCCCAAUCAGUCCAGCCUCAAUCGCAUCCUCCAGCAGUACUCCUUCCUCCAAAUCCAAAGAACUUAGCCUUAAUGAAAAAUCUACCACUCCUGUGUCCAAGUCCAAUACCCCUACUCCCCGCACCGAUGCUCCCACCCCAGGCAGUAAUUCCACUCCCGGACUGAGGCCUGUCCCCGGAAAACCACCAGGAGUUGACCCCUUGGCCUCAAGCCUGAGGACCCCCAUGGCAGUACCCUGUCCGUAUCCAGCCCCGUUUGGCAUCGUGCCCCACGCCGGAAUGAACGGGGAGCUGACCAGCCCCGGGGCGGCCUACGCGGGGCUGCACAACAUCUCCCCGCAGAUGAGUGCGGCUGCGGCUGCCGCGGCUGCGGCCGCCGCCUACGGCAGGUCCCCGGUGGUUGGAUUUGAUCCACACCAUCACAUGCGUGUGCCAGCAAUACCUCCAAACCUGACAGGCAUUCCAGGAGGAAAACCAGCGUACUCCUUCCACGUCACUGCAGAUGGUCAGAUGCAGCCUGUCCCUUUCCCCCCCGACGCCCUCAUCGGCCCCGGCAUCCCCCGACACGCUCGCCAGAUCAACACCCUGAACCACGGGGAGGUGGUGUGCGCCGUGACCAUCAGCAACCCCACGAGACACGUGUACACGGGAGGGAAGGGCUGCGUCAAGGUCUGGGACAUCAGCCACCCCGGCAACAAGAGCCCUGUCUCUCAGCUCGACUGUCUGAACAGGGAUAACUACAUUCGUUCCUGCCGAUUGCUCCCUGAUGGUCGCACCCUAAUUGUGGGAGGGGAAGCCAGCACUCUGUCCAUCUGGGACCUGGCGGCUCCCACCCCACGCAUCAAGGCAGAGCUCACGUCCUCGGCCCCCGCCUGCUACGCCCUGGCCAUCAGCCCCGACUCCAAGGUCUGCUUCUCGUGCUGCAGCGACGGCAACAUCGCCGUGUGGGACCUGCACAACCAGACGCUGGUGAGGCAGUUCCAGGGCCACACAGACGGGGCCAGCUGCAUUGACAUUUCUAACGAUGGCACCAAGCUCUGGACGGGCGGCUUGGACAACACGGUCCGGUCCUGGGACCUGCGCGAAGGGCGGCAGCUGCAGCAGCACGACUUCACCUCACAGAUCUUUUCUCUGGGCUACUGCCCAACCGGAGAGUGGCUGGCAGUGGGGAUGGAGAACAGCAACGUGGAGGUGCUGCACGUCACCAAGCCCGACAAGUAUCAGCUGCAUCUCCACGAGAGCUGCGUGCUGUCGCUCAAGUUCGCACACUGCGGCAAAUGGUUUGUAAGCACGGGGAAGGACAACCUUCUGAACGCCUGGAGAACACCUUACGGGGCCAGUAUAUUCCAGUCCAAAGAAUCCUCUUCGGUGCUUAGCUGUGACAUUUCUGUGGAUGACAAGUACAUUGUCACUGGCUCUGGGGACAAGAAGGCCACGGUUUAUGAAGUUAUUUAUUAAGGACAAAUCUUCACACGAGCUGGACUCCUCCUCCUUGUAGCACUUUGUUCUGUCAUCCUUUUGUUCUCCCGCAUCUAAAACCAAGGAUUUCAGAUCCUCACUGCAGUUGUGGAUUUCAGCCCCGCCCCACCCCCCACUUCCCUGCUAUUGAAUUGUGAAUACUCAUUAAGAACCUGUGAUACCAAAUCUUCAGCUGUCUACUUGGAAGAACAUGGAAUAACCAUACUUAACAGUGAAAGGAAUCUUUAAUUAUGUAUUAUAUCUGUAAUAUAUUUAUUUUGUUUAAAGAAGGCUUUCUAACAAUGACUGACUAAAUAAAGCUGUCUGCUCCUGCAUUGAUAAUGAAGAUGCGUUGUAUUUGAUACCGCUCCCCCCCCUUUUGUCAAAGGAGGGGAAAGGAAGGUUUAAAAUAACUGAUUAAAAAUGUCACUAAAUGUAGACUAAUGACUGUAUAGAGAUGUGAAAUGUAUAAUUACACAUGGAAGCAAUAUGUUGCUGUGUUGUUAGAUUUUCUUGUUUUCGUUUUCUACUUAUUUUAAGGAUGUUUGGAACUUUGAACAGUUAGAACAUGACAGACCAUGUCAUAUUCAUUUGAGUCUAUUUGGACAACCUUAACCGAAAUAUCUAUAGCUUUAGAUUAUAUUCGAUAAAAGUAAUUAGACCUUUUUUUUUCUUUUUUUGACUUGUUGACAAGUGUCUUUGUAAUAUGUUUUUAAUUCAUUUUUUUAUUGUAUUAUAGACAGAUGAACAAAUUAAAUUUGGCCUCAAAGAGAGAACUUAAUCCCUCCUGGAUAUUUUUGCCACAUUUCUUUGCAAAGGGAGAUGUAUGUCUUUGGGCAGUUUUGUCAUUACGAGAAAUUAUGGGCUAUUUUUUGGCGUGUUCUUUGGGAACUGCACAGAUUCAGGGGAGGAUUCCCCUCACUGUGAAAGUCAAGUCUUUUACAAGAUAAAGACCAGCAGAGGAGAACUUGCAGGGACCUCCCUCUGAAAAUCAGAAAGAAUGGACUCUCACCUGGGGUGAGGACCCGCUUUCUUCACCUCCCUUCUUUCCAUGUCUUAGUUGGAUGUCCCUGAAAUGGACACAGGCUUUGCCACUGUGCCAGAAACAUUGUGUUAUCUUUUAUGUUGUUGUUGUUGCUGUUAAACUAUGAUAUGUGACUCCUUUUUUUUUUAUUAUUAUUAUUUUUUGUUUGAAUGCUUUAAAAAAUCUUUUAAGUCUGUGGAUCUGCUGAUGUACAGUGCCUUUGCUGCUAUGGAUCAAAAUCAAGAGAACUGUGUAGAUAAACUUUAUUGUGUAAGUAGAAAAUUACUUAAUUUCGUACUAGAAAUGGAUGGACGCUGCAAGUUGACAUGGGCUGUCCGUUGCCGUUCCUAAUGUGGUAGCAGAAGAAACAAAUGGUGUCUUAAGUGCUUAGUGUUUGAUGUCAUUAACAGUUUCGUAAAACUCUACAGUGUAGAAAGAUUUUGAUACUAAACUGUGCAUUGUACAUAGUUCUAAUGCAUUGUAUUGACCACCAGUACUUCUAUAAUGGUAGAUUUGUUUGUGCAUUCAGACUUUUAAGCAUUAAACAUAAAUAACUUCUAGUAUGCUUAUUUCUAA